AUGGCUGCCACCAUCGCCGAUGUUCCCCUGCUGGGCGAUGGGAACGGAAAUUCGACUGCAGGCGCUCGUCUCGGACAACUGCUUGGUGUCCCUUUCGUGUCUCUGGACCAGGUUCAUUGGGAACCCGGGUGGAGGUCGACUCCUAAUGAUGAAUUCAAAGCCAAAGUCAGGGAGCUACUAUCGACUCUCGGCCCCUCAUGGGUAAUCGAUGGAGAUUACCAAGAAAAAUUAGGGACGAUGGUGUUGGACGCCAGUACCGAUGUUGGCUGGAUCCUCCUCUGCUAUUGUACUUUCCGCGCCUAUUCGUUCGAACUCUGUUACGCCUAG